GUAACUGCAACGGCGGAAAGAUGGCAGAGGAAGAGCCAAGAAAAAAGAUUCCUUUGGUCCCAGAAAAUCUCCUGAAAAAGAGGAAGGCUUAUCAGGCCCUCAAAGCCACCCAGGCAAAGCAGGCACUUUUGGAAAAGAAGCAGCGGCGAGGGAAACAGCUCAGGUUUAAGCGACUGGAAUCGUUUUUAAUUGAUUCUCAGCGGCAGCAACGUGACAGGAUACGCCUCAGACGGCUAGAAGUGAAACCUCAUGGCUUGGAAAUGCCAGAUGAACAUUCCUUGGCCUUUGUAAUACGCAUCCAAAGGAUCAAAGGGAUAGGUUUACUGGUGCGGAGGACCAUUGAAAGACUUCGCUUGAGGAAGAUUUUCAGUGGUGUAUUUGUGAAAAUGACCCCCACAACCCUAAAAAUGCUGCGUACAGUGGAACCUUAUGUGACGUGGGGAUUUCCAAAUCUGAAGUCUGUCAGGGAACUCAUCCUGAAACGUGGACAAGCCAAGGUCAAGAAUAAGAUAAUCCCAUUGACAGACAACACAGUAAUUGAGGAGCACCUGGGGAGGUUUGGUGUUAUUUGCUUGGAAGAUCUCAUUCAUGAAGUUGCCUUCCCGGGGAAGUAUUUUGACAGGAUCUCCCAAUUCUUGUGCCCAUUCCAUCUCUCAGUGGCCCGUCACGCUACUAAGAAUAAAGUGGGCUUUUUCAAGGAGAUGGGCUCACCUGGUUAUCGGGGCGAAAGCAUCAAUCAACUCAUCCGACAGCUGAACUAGACCCAGAAUCUCUGAAAGCACAUUGCAUUGGAGGCAUAUGUUUGUUUUCUGAGUUGCUAUCAAGUAUCUUCAAAGAAGAUUAUUUUCUGCUCUGUCUUCACAAACUGAAGGGGAAGGAUCAGACAAAAGACAGUGGGUGAUGGGCAUGGCAGGACCCCUCAUAGCACAGCCUUGUUCCAAGGGAAGGUUCCACUGCAUUUUCCACGUGGCCGCUACCUCUUCUGAAAUCAACAGAGGACACAUAUUUGCCAUGGAGGAGGGAGUUCUGCUGUCACAUCUUCUGUCCUGGGUUUAAUGUUGGUGAAUACUCAAGCCUGUAUACCAGGCUUCCGACACUCUGUAGCAGUGGACCAAGCCCAGGGCAUACAUGAACCUGGGGGUUCAUUCCUAGGGUGUUGUUUUGGAAAGAACUUAAAAUACAGUUAGAAGAACACAAAAAUGAAUGCUUAGUUGUCUCUGCUGUGAGUCCAUGUUUCAGCCUUCCCCUGAAAACUUUGAGAGCUCACAUCGGGCUGGCUCUAAGAGUACCUGGUGGCUUCCUUCUCCUAGCCUGCAACCGAGUUAGUCUUUUCCUCUAGGAUUUUAACCUAUUCUUGGGUUAGAGACCCUAUUGAGGAUCUAUGAGAAGGGAAAGACCCCUUCCCCAGGAAAACAAACCCACUCAAAAUUUUGCUUUGAAUUUUAGAGUGUCUGUAGACCCUUAUCCUCAGGGACCUAUGCACUAAUGUGAGGAGGUCUUGCUCCAUCACGAUUGGUCACCCAGGCCCUGCCCUUACUAGUCUCUGGUUCCUUGCAGCUAUAAAGAUACCUGUUUUCCCUUCAAGUCAACUGGGUGUUUCGUACUAAGAACACCAUGGUGGAUUGCUAAGGCCCCUGCACUGUCUGUAACACAGGGAAAUGCCCACCACUUGUUUGUUCUGCGCUUCAUGAUGGAAUUUUGUUUCCUUGAUGCUCAGUUCUAUAUAUAAAACCUGGAUCAUGAAGGAGUGAUCUUGGUUGGGUGUGGAUGAAAUUAGCAGUUUGACCUUUUAAGCUCCAGGCACUAAUUUAGUUGGGCUCUUUCGUACUUUGCCCUUUCCUUGCAUAUUCUGUACUGCAGAAGUAUUGCUCUCUGCUGUGCUAGUAAUGAUGAACAUGCUGGUAAUGAUGUAAACCAACUGCAGGGCUCCUGAGGACAUUACAACUGAAAAUAGGAUGUGAUCCUGCUUGUGUCCACCCCUAAAUGGACCUUCCCUGUGCUGCCAUCACACAAUUACCUUAACGUCCAUCUAAUCCAUUGAUGAGGACCUACCAGGCCCAAAUUAAUACUUGAAAACAUGCUUAACCAAUGUGUUCCCUGAUCCUUUAAAAGCAAAGUUGCUUUGCUGCAACUUUGGCUCAUGGGGCUGUCAAACGUAGCUGUGAAAUUGAGUUAGAGGCAUAACAAUACCUUAAAGUAUGCCUGGUUAUGAGGUAGUUAAUUAGGCUGAUUGGCUCAAAAGUUAACCUGCCAGGAAUAGAUUUGUUGUAGAUGUUACUUAUACAAAAUCAGAUUACUUGGAGAGUCGGGCAAGAUGGCGGCAUAGAGAGGAGUGGAAGCUAAGUAGUCCCCCUGGAACAACUACAAAAAACCAGAAACAACUAGUAAAUAAUCCAGAAUAACUGCGGGGGGACAAACGAGACCA